AUGCUGUUUGUAGAAUCACAGAAUCAACCGUCAGAUGAUCCGUUACUGCUUUGGCUAACCGGUGGUCCGGGCUGUUCCGGCCUUUUUGCAUUGUUCACUGAAAUUGGUCCAUAUUUUAUUACUGCAAAUGGUAGUGGUCUUAUUGAAAAUCCAUAUUCUUGGACUAAAGCAGUAAAUCUACUAAUCUUUGAAUCACCAAUUGGUGUCGGGUAA